AUGCCUAGAAACGCAGGGUUCUCGACUGUUGGAAAAGCUCAAUGGAGGACGAGGGACACCAGGGAUUACAAGCAGAAACUUGUAUUUGAAGUCUCCGUUCCUCGCUUACAUGCUCAGUUUGCCACUAUCACAGGAUAUGGAGUACAUUCUUCAUGCCUGGAUAAGUUUCGGGAAAGCUGGCCAAUGGACCGUAUAGAGGACAAAGCUGGUGUUGCAAUGCUCCUCGAAAGGGUAUUUUGGUCCGCCAGCCUACAUCGCGGAACUAUCCGUUGCAGAGCCAUCGAGUCAGGAGUCGAAAGAUCUUGUGGAGACGAGGACGAACUCAAGAAUACUGUUCAUGUCGCGAAGCAACUUGCGCACCGCCAGGAGGCCGGCAAACGUACGUUUUAUCAGAUGCCAACGGAAAGUGACGUGUUUGCUAUUGUCCCCCUCAGGCAUCUGCCUGCUGCACCAAACGACGAAAAUCCUUUCCGUCACGCCUUCCAACAGAUAGCCCUCACGACCACUAUGGCGGAACUCCCGGAGUCAGAGGUUUCUGGUGUAUAUGUGUCGACGAUUAAGCCUCGAAAGGACGACCCUAUGGAGUACGUUUCGGGGCUGAGGUUACAAUUUAGGGAUGGAUCUGAGGCAAUGGUUGGAUACGUGGGGGAGGACAAAAAUAUAUGCGAAACGCCACGCAACUUCAGUGGCUUUAAUCUCACAGUAGACUCUCAAGGGAUUACUAGCAUCAGUAUUGUAGGGGAGAGCACUUAUGUCGGAAAGCAGGAGGGGUCGCCUAUUUUGCUCGCGCUCGACAAUGCUCGCUCCCUGAUAGCUCAGCUUGACGGUUCUCGGAUUAUCGCGCUCCUACUCUCUCGUGAGAUUGAACCGUAG